AUGCACUUUGCGCAGACGAGAGUGGAGGUAUGCUGGGGAGGUGCAUGGCCAUCGUCUGCCUGCGUCGCCCCCUGGAGCCACGUGGCCCGUCUCGUCCGAACUGAUCAGAACAACAUCAGCGCCGCCUGUCGACUCGUCCGCCUCCGUGCCGAUCUGAUCCUGCCAGCACGCGACGGCUCGGCGCAACAGCGCACAGUUCGGCCAACCGGCCUGACGAGUACUCUGUUCCGACCCGAGACUUGUGCGGCGGCCAACGUUGCGAUACGCUCACGGCAUUCCACGCUUCGCACGGUCCGUCACUCCAUCGGUCGAUCAAGGCAUCCGCAGCCGCCUCGGCAGACUCGCAACCAGAAUCGUUUUGUCUGGCAGCUGGCCCGACAUUCCAUAGGCGAAGAUCUCGUCGUGUGUCCCUGA